AUGACGGCCACGACGGCCUUGACGGCCCAGAACACGCUCGGCGUCGACGACGUGUGUAUCACGCCGCCGGGGUUUGUGGGGAAGCAGAUCGGUGCGUGUUUGGCGGACAUUGGGUGUGAUGCUGUCAAGAUUGGUAUGCUUGCUUCAGCCGAGACGAUCAGAGUCGUCGCGGACUCGUUGCGGAAACAUCAUGUGUCGACUGUCGUGUUGGAUCCGGUGAUGGUCUCAACAAGCGGAGCCCAGCUCCUCCCCGGCGAUGCUGUCCGAGACCUACGCGAGAAACUGCUUCCGAUGAGCACGCUCCUGACGCCCAACAUCCCCGAAGCAACGCUCCUGCUUCGCGACGCCGACAUUCAAUACAAAUCCCCUUCUGGCCUGGAGGACCUGAAAACGCUGGCUAAGAUGGUCCACCAGCUCGGCCCACGUGCCGUUCUGCUCAAAGGGGGCCACAUGCCUUUAACGAAAGACUACAUGAAAGCGCACAGCGACGAUGAGAAGGCCAUCACCGUGGACAUCCUCUUCGACGGCGAGACGUACACACUGAUCGAAUCGAAAUAUCUCGUCGUGAAAAACACCCACGGAACAGGCUGUUCUCUGGCCAGCGCCAUUGCCGCCAAUCUAGCCAUGCAGAAGAAGAAGAAACAGACACCGACAACCGCAACCACAACCACAACCACAACACUGUCAAAACAACAGCAGCUACAACCUCCUCAAUCCAUAGACUUACCCACGGCGACCCGUCUAGCAGUCUACUACGUGUCAGCCGGCAUCCGAACCUCCGACCCAGGCCUCGGCCACGGCUCCGGCCCCAUCAACCACUUCCACAACAUGCAGAUCCUGCCCUUCUCGCAGGGCCAUUUCAUCGAAUACCUGCUCUCACACCCAUCCGUGGCGCCCAUGUGGCACAACUACACGCACCACCCGUUCCCCACCCAGCUGGCCCGCGGCACGCUCCCGGAAGAUCUGUUCAAGAACUACCUGGUGCAGGACUACCUGUACCUGACGCACUUCGCGCGCACGCACGCUCUGGCGGCGUACAAGUCGCGCGCAAUGUCGGCCAUCACGGCCUCGGCGCACAUCAUCCUGCACAUCGAGCGCGAGAUGGCGCUGCACCUGUCGUACUGUGCCGAAUUCGGCAUCUCGAGGGCCGACCUCGAACAUCCAGACCGCAAAGAGUCCCUGGCCUGUGUCGCCUACUCGCGCUAUGUGCUUGACGUGGGCCAGAGCGAGGACUGGCUCGCGCUGCAGAUGGCCCUGGCGCCGUGUUUGCUCGGCUACGGCGAGGCCGCGCAGAGACUGUAUGUCGAGAAGGAGAGUCGUACGGCAGACCAGGGGAACCGGUAUUGGCGGUGGGUCGAGAAUUAUGUCGCGGAUGAUUAUCAGGAGGCUAUCACGGUUGGAAGAGAUAUGAUCGAAACGCAUAUCGCCAAACAAUCCCCUUCGCGGGUCCAAGAGCUCAUCGCCAUCUUUGUCCGCGCCACCGAGAUGGAAGUCCGGUUCUGGGACUUUGACGCCCAUGUGGAGAAAUGA